AUGUUGGGCGGUUUCAUCGCUGGGCCAGAAUGGAUAGACGCGUGUGUGCGGGCAAAUGUGCUCUUUGAGCCCGUCUUGCGCCUUGCCAAAGCCAUCCAAGUCCCUAAGGAGCUGCGGGUCCACGAGUCAUAUCAUUACAAAGACUCACUGGAGAAGAUGUGUGUCGAAGCUGCUCGCAAUCCAUCUGCCAACAUGAAAUGGACAAUUCGUGAGUCGCGCAAAAAGUUGACCAAGAAAAAGGCGCUCGUGCUGAUGUCCCCAGAUGCGUGUGAGCAGCAGAAGAAGAAGGAGCAGCGCAAGAUCGAUCGCAAACCAGGGCUGCUCAUU